CGAGCAGUGUCUCCCGUGUUACCGCUGGUGGAUCGACUGGAUUGGUCCGUGCGGGGUGGCGCUUCGAGUACUUCCACCACCUCCACCUCCACCACCACUACUUCGAUACCACCACUACUCAACUAGCCAACGACAACGAUUCACAACUCACGACUUACGACUCACUCGUCGUUCGUUUAUACCCCAUGUUCGACCCUCCGUCCGUCCGUCCGUCCGUUCGUCCAUCCGUUCGUCGGUACAUACGUACGUCCUUAGUGCAUGCGCUCUAUGUAUUGAUGGCUAACAAAUCCACGCAGAGAGAGCCUAUGUAGACGAGUCGUACACACCAAAAAUACGGACACCAGAACAGAAGAGAUAUACAAAUCCCGUCGACGAGGAGUGCUGCCAGACCAUAUUUCUUGGGGACUCCUCACUCGUCCGCAGCAUAUCGUGUCAAGCGAUUGGAACAUCAUCCGGAAACAACAACACGGAGACUAGCCCUAAUCAGCGGGUUUGGCCAUUGGACACGGGCCUUCUGGUGAACACGGCUGCUCAUUGACAGACGGACGGUUAGGCCAGCUCCCAUGGAACCUCUCAGAGCGCCACCUGCUCUCCCUGUGGCUCGAAAAAGUAGUCCGAGUAUGGAGGAGGACCGAUCCCAAGCCAUGCUUCCCAAUCGUCCCUUGGGCGAGACGGAACUGAACCGGGCGGCUCCCCCGGCCGAGGAUCUAUCGGGCCUGGUGGCCAAGAAGACUUUCCCCACGCCGUUGAAGAUCCCUCGUCCUUUGUUGCCGGGAUUAGGCUAUCAUUCCAUUCAAAGCCCGAUGAAUGCUCCGGCCCAUCCGAAUGUCACGCACAUGUUGGACACGUCGCCCGCGAACAACUUGGAGGAUUUGAAUCGAACGACUCCGGUUCAAGUGCCGUCCCAGGCCACCAAUGGCACAGCCAAUGAAGCCGGGGAAGAGGAGGAGGAUGUGGAGGAAGAGGAGGACGAUGAGGAAGAAGAGGAAGAGAUCGACGAUGACGAGGACGCCAAUCAGGUCGGAGUCCCGUUAGAUCCGGCCACCAUCCAGGCCAUGGAUGUGAGGCUCGAGGCCGAGGCCCUACUUAAUGCCUUGGAACUGGAUGAUCCCAAUGCGGACAUGAAGCCUGUGUCAGAUUCCAAACUGGAACGGGCCCUGGUUGGCCAGGAGCCGACCACCCGGAAUCUCAUCAUGGCCGCCAUUGGCGUCAUGAAGAAUCGCAAAGCCCGUCCGGAUACCAAGCGGAUCUGCAACUGGAUCCACCGACGCUACGGACAGCCGUACAUGUCCAUCUAUGAAGAACUCGAACGGCUCGUCAAGAUUGGAGAGCUGGCACGUGUGGACUAUAAGGGAAGCGCUUCCUAUCGGAUCGUUGAUAUGAAUGCCAAGACGAGCAAACGUAGGAAACGCACCCCCAAAGCCACUAAAACGACCCAAAGCGGAGCUCAGGCAGUCUCAGGAUUGACUAGUCCCGGGGGAAUCCCCCCACCACUCAAUGGUGCCUCUCCAUGCUCAUCCUCAUCUAGUUCUUCCAUUGGCUCGUUCCCGACCAGUGGAACAACCUCCACCUCCAAUGCAUCAUCGGCGGGACCUCCCAAGAUCCUGGCCCCCAAUCUGUUCUCCUCUCUGACUCCACACCAGAAUUUCCUGGGUAACAACACCACCUCCACCAGCGCCGGCGUCCUCCCUGGAGCAACCCCUUCCAAUGCAGGCGUGAUGGGUCCCUCUCUCUGCAUGUUACCGCCGCCGCCGCCACCUCCUCCAACAGCGCCCUCUACGUCCGUACCGACUUGUGUGAGCGUGGGCAUGACCUCCAGCAUGUUGCCUUCUACUCCGUUCAGCUCUUCGCAGCCGACGACAACUUCGAGUACGAGCUCGGUGACAAAGGCAGCUGAAGAGGCGACUGCCAACAGAGCUGGGAACGCAGGGAACCGUGGACAAAACUCCAUCAGUCUGCGAACCUUGGUCCAUGAUUUCUUGGGGAACGACGUCAAAGACUCGUACCAGGUGAACUUCACCAGUGCAUUCAUUCGCAAAGCUGUGCAGAACUCCCAAAGGAACUUUAACAAACUGUCUGUGUUGGCCAAUCUAGACAUGCUACUGCAACAGGAGUUGGACGUGGGAAACUUCACCAAGAUUGCUCCGAGUACCUAUGUUUUGGCACCAUUGGUGGGAAGUCCAGUGGGGACGAUUCAGCAAUAUCCAUUGCCCACCCAACCUGAAAAGAUUGACCCUUCGGCCAUGUUCCUAUCGCCAACAAAGCCAGCAUGCAUUCCUCAAAAUCUUUCCGAUAAGAGCGAUGAGCAACGCAAGAACGAUUUGAUUCAAGAGACCUUGUCGAAACUCACGUCCGGCAAGGACUCGUCUAAAGGCAAGUCUCCUGGAAGACGCCCAAGUCUCAAUCCACCCAUCAAGGAACCCGUGUACUUGACUUUGCGAGAAAAACGCCUGGCCGGGAUGGCUGCCCGAAAGAACGCUGCCAUUCAAGGUGAGAAAUUGUCAAACUUGAACAAGAUCACACCUCUGCCGGAAGUGUCGUCGGGCCCAGUGAAAGCGGGUAGCAAACCAGGUCGUAAACCAGGCCGUGUGAAAAAAGGAGACAAAAGACUGCAACAAGCCAAAUUGAAAAGUCUAAAUAUGACAGGGUCCGAGGAUCCGAGUGCGCCUCCGGCCAAGAAGCGCAAGAAACAGCGAGAUGCGUGGAAAAUCAAGCAAGAUGAUGUCGGCUCGAAAGCCUUCGAGAUCCCUGAUGAGGACGGGAAAGGACCCAAUUCACCGGAUGUCUCCGGAUCUGCCAAUCCUUCAAGACCGGGUAGCCUAAGAAAAAAGAAAUCUCGCAAGAUUUUCGAUCCGGCCGAUCAUGAGCAACCCUCCAGGAAACGCAAGUUUUCUACCCUGCAAGACCGUGAUACUGUGUUGGAAGAUGAUACACACGUGGUCCCUCAGGAACCUUUUGUGGCUCCAUCGCCAGUAGAUAUCAUUCCCAAUGAACCUUCCAAGGUGAAAGAGGAGGUCCAAGAGACUUGCUACCUCUGCAAGGGAACCAGUGCAAAGAAUAAACGCGGCACGCCAGAAGCUCUGCUUCAUUGCCGCGAUUGCACGACAAUUGUUCACCCAAGUUGCAUGGACUACACAGAAAACCUCACCAAGACCAUUUUGGCGAGCAGUUGGCAAUGCAUCAAUUGCAAGACAUGCUCGAUUUGCGAGGACGCCAGUGAGGACGAAUCGAUGUUGUUUUGUGAUUCUUGUGAUUUGGGUUUUCACAUGCCCUGCCUUCGCCCACCUAUGACGAGCAAACCCUCGGGCAAAUGGGACUGUUAUAAAUGUCAACCAAGACGUGAGGAUGUGAUUGAGAUGCCUCCACCUCCAACUACGGGUACUCUAAGAAUGAGGAGAUCUCACAGCACAAACAGCAACUCUUCGGAUCAAGAUUUGGCUCAUAUUCCGUCGUCUGGAAUUGUCAACGGACAUCGUCGGAGAGGCCCGAAAUCCAGCCAUGAUGGUACCAACGGCUUUACGAACCAUUUAGACGGGGAGACUGCCAAACUUUUGCCCCUCCUCCCACCCCAUUUGCAUCCGAGUAAAGGCUUGGUUCCGUGUAAUUGGGAAGACUUCCCCGUGGACCCCCAGAUUCCGGAUGUGGGUGAAUGGAAUUGUCAGAAAAUCGAGGAUUUCUUCUUGAAGCAGGGAUUUCCCUCAACUCACGCAUCUGUGUUCGUUCGCGAGGAGAUUGAUGGUCGAUCUUUGUUGCUACUCAAUCGGCAGGAUUGUUUGAACAGUUUGGGCCUGAAAAUGGGCCCGGCCCUGAAGCUAUUCCACCAAAUCAAGAAGCUUCAAACGCGAAGAAACUUUCCUCACUAAAUCACAUUAUUUGUAACUGAGGAAGGCAUGCUCAGCAGGAAAGCCUCGUGCAAACCCAUUGGUUUUGCAUUACAUACUAUAACUUUAGAAGUAUACACAUAUUUUUCAGUGA